AGCCUAGAGGAGCGGUGUAACCAGAUCCUGCGGAACAUGGAGGCCUCUCUGACAGCCCGGGAUCGUGUGGGCAUCCAGGAUUUUGUUCUGCUGGAUGCUUACACCAGUGAGAGUGCCUUCCUGGACAACCUAAGGAAGCGCUUCCAUGAGAAUCUCAUUUACACGUACAUAGGAACUCUCCUGGUGUCGGUUAAUCCGUAUAAGGAACUAGACAUCUACAGCAAGAAGCAAAUGGACACAUAUAUGGGUGUAAACUUUUUUGAGCUUCCACCUCAUAUUUAUGCUCUGGCAGACAACGUCUUUCGCACCAUGCUGACUGAGUUCAACAACCACUUCAUCCUGAUCUCAGGGGAGAGUGGGGCAGGGAAGACGGAGGCUUCCAAGAAAAUCCUGCAGUUCUAUGCUGUCAGCUGCCCCAGUACCAAACUCCUGAACAAUGUUCGAGACAGACUGCUCCUCUCAAACCCAGUGCUGGAGGCUUUUGGAAAUGCCAAAACCCUGAAGAAUGACAACUCAAGCCGCUUUGGGAAGUACAUGGACAUCCAGUUUGACCACCAGGGUGGAGCUGUUGGUGGACAUAUCCUCAGUUACCUGCUGGAGAAGUCCCGUGUUGUCCAUCAGAACCACGGAGAGAGAAACUUCCACAUCUUUUAUCAGCUGGUGGAAGGAGGAGAGGAUGAGCUGCUCCGCUGGCUUGGCCUGCAGAGGAACUGCCAGCUCUACAGCUACCUGGUACAGGGGGAUUGUGCCAAAGUGAGCUCUGUCAACGAUAAAAGUGACUGGAGGACAGUGCAAAAAGCCCUCUCUGUUGUGGAUUUCAGUGAGAAUGAUAUAGAGCACCUGUUUGGAAUUAUUGCCAGCGUGCUCCACUUGGGAAAUGUUAAGUUUGGUGCAGAUCCUCGAGGAUAUGCCAUUCUCAACAACAAUCCAGAAAUGCACUGGCUGUCAAAGUUGCUGGGCAUUCCUCCUCAGGUGCUACAACAGGGCUUAACCCACAGGAAGAUUGAAGCCAAAGCAGAGGAGCUGUUCACUCCCUUCACUGUGGACCACGCAGUGUAUGCCAGAGACGCCCUAGCCAAAGCCAUCUAUGGGCGGACUUUCAACUGGCUGGUCAACAAGAUUAACGAGUCAUUAGCUAACAAGGAUUCCUCCAGGAAAACAGUGAUUGGUCUGCUGGACAUCUACGGGUUUGAGGUUUUCCAUGUUAACAGCUUCGAGCAGUUUUGCAUCAACUAUUGUAAUGAGAAGCUCCAGCAGCUUUUCAUCCAGCUGACCCUGAAGUCAGAGCAGGAGGAGUACGAGAUGGAAGGAAUUGAAUGGGAACCAGUGCCAUAUUUCAACAACAAGAUCAUCUGUGACCUGGUGGAGGAGAAGCACAGAGGCAUCAUCUCUGUAUUGGAUGAGGAAUGCUUACGUCCUGGAGAGGCCACAGAUCUUACCUUCCUGGAAAAGAUGGAGGAAAAGAUGGGUGGUCAUCCUCAUUUUGUCACACACAAACUUGCAGAUCAAAAGACCAGGAAAACGCUGGAAAGAGGAGACUUCCGCCUCUUGCACUAUGCCGGGGAGGUUACAUACUGUGUGGUCGGAUUCUUGGACAAAAACAACGAUCUAUUGUACCGAAAUGUUAAAGAGGUCAUGCGCCAGUCCAAGAAUUCCAUUAUCAAACACUGUUUUCCUUCUACUGAGCCAGACAGCAAAAAGAGACCAGAAACAGUGGUCACUCAGUUUAAGAGCAGCCUGGUGGGCUUGACUGAGAUCCUCAUGUCCAAAGAGCCCUGGUAUGUCCGCUGCAUCAAGCCCAAUGAAGGCAAGCAGCCAGGGCGCUUUGAUGACGUGCUGGUGCGACAUCAAGUGAAGUAUCUGGGGCUGAUGGAGCACCUGAGGGUCAGACGUGCUGGAUUUGCUUACCGCCGCAGAUAUGAGAUCUUCCUCCAGAGAUAUAAGCCUCUGUGUCCGGACACCUGGCCCAACUGGAAAGGUACAGCGGCAGAAGGUGUGCAGCGUCUGAUCAAACACCUGGGCUAUAAACCAAAUGAAUACAAGAUGGGCAGGACUAAAAUUUUCAUCCGCCACCCCAGGACUCUUUUUGCCACAGAGGAUGCAUUUGAGGUCUGCAAACAUGAGCUAGCAACAAGGAUUCAGGCCAAAUACAAAGGCUACAGGGUGAAAGGAGAGUUCCUGAAACAGAGAGAAGCUGCCACCAAGAUUGAGACCUGCUGGAGAGGUCUGAUGGCUAGAAAGGAGCGAGAAAGGAGGGCAUGGGCUGUCAAAGUCAUAAAGAAGUUCAUUAAAGGUUUCAUGACCAGAAAUCAGCCAGCCUGCGUUGACAACAGUGAGUACCUGGCAUUUGUCAGGCAGAACUACCUCUCACGGCUUAAAGACAACCUUCCCAAAACACUUCUGGACAAAAACAACUGGCUAACCCCUCCUCCUAUAAUGCAAGAGGUCUCUCAGCUGUUGCAGAAGCUCUUCAUUCGCCACAUGGUGCGGACGUACAUCCGCACUAUCACACCACAGAGGAAGGCACAGCUUCAGCUCAAAUUGCUGACCAGCUCCAUGUUCAAAGGCAAGAAGGAAAACUACCCCUUCAGUGUGUGUAGACCAUUCCUGGACACCAGGAUAAGCGAGGACGACAUAAACGUCAAAGUGCUGCAGAUGAUUCAGCAUGAACGCAUCAAGUACAGUGUCCCCGUGGUGAAGUAUGACAGGAAUGGCUUCAGGCCUCGUCUCCGGCAGCUCAUCUUCACUCAGGCGGCGGCCUACCUGGUGGAAGAGGCCAAGAUCAAGCAGCGGAUAGAUUACAGCUCACUGAAAGGUGUGUCAGUUAGCAACCUGAGUGACAACUUCCUGAUUCUCCAUGUGACAUGUGAUGACAUCAAGCAGAAGGGGGAUCUGGUUCUGCAGUGUGACUACCUGUUUGAAGCCUUGACUAAGUUAAGUUUGGUGACCAGCAAGCAGAGCUGCAUCAAAGUGGUCCAGGGCAGUGUGCGAUUUGAUAUCCAGCCUGGCAGAGAGGGGUUUGUUGACUUCAAGAGUGGUCAGGAGUCCAUGGUCUACAGGGCAAAGAAUGGCCAUUUGAUGGUGGAAUCUACUAGAGCCAAGUCAAGAUGA